AUGUUUGGGAAGCACAAGGAGCAGAGCUUUGAGUGGCUGCUGAAGAAUGACCCUUACUAUGCUGUGUAUGUGGCGGCUACUCACCUGAAGGAAAGAGAGGAAGGAAACAACAGUCGCUCUGACCAGAUGACCAACAAGGACGAUCUGGCUCAGUACGUGAAACUGUUUCCCAAAGUGUGGAGAGAUGUGCACUUUUAUAAAGAAGGACUGGCUCCAGUGGGUUUUGGAAAAUAUUCCAAACUCACACGUGAGAAUUUGUACAGCUCCACAAAGGAGGACAAGAAGAGCUAUGUACGCUGGAUGCUACAGCAGGAGGGAGGGAAUAAUAAUCCCCGGCUGGACGCAGCUAAGAAGAAGAGGGCCCCCAGCGGGACCAGACGUGGUCGUCCUGCAAAGAAACGCUGCUGA